GGGGGCGGGCGGCGCGGCCGGCGACUCCCGGGGCCCCGGCGUCCGGCCGCCACACGCCGCCCAGCCCCGAGCCCGCGGCGCGCCAUGGCCCUGACGCUCGGCAGCAGGUUCCAAGGAGGGAAGGCGUUCGGCUUGCUCAAGGCGCGGCAGGACCGGAGGCUGGCGGAGAUCAACCGGGAAUUCCUCUGUGACCAGAAGUACAGCGAUGAGGAAGACCUGCCGGAGAAGCUCGAGGCCUUCAAAGAGAAGUACAUGGAGUUCGACCUGAACAACGAGGGCGAGAUUGACCUGAUGUCUCUGAAGAGGAUGAUGGAGAAGCUGGGGGUGCCCCGCACCCACCUGGAGAUGAAGAAGAUGAUGGCGGAGGUGACGGGUGGCGGCAGAGACACCAUUUCCUACCGGGACUUCGUGAACAUGAUGCUGGGGAAACGGUCGGCCGUGCUCAAGCUAGUCAUGAUGUUUGAAGGAAAAGCCAGCGACAGUGACCCCAAGCCCACCGGGCCCCCGCCCGAGAGAGACAUUGCCAGCCUGCCCUGAGGAGCCCGCCCGGCCCUCCUCCCCCCGCCCCUCCUCUCCCCUGCCUCGUCUGUCGCUUCUGCGGCCGCUGUGACUGCGUCUUCCCUGGCAGAAUCUGCGAUCGCUUUGGAAAACUCAAGUUCUCCGCCUUACAGGGCCCCCGGGCUGUGCCUGGGGUCCCCCUGCCUCCCUCUGCCUUCUCCCCUGCCCCGUGCAGAAGGGCUGCAGCAAACCAAAAAGCCAGAGGCUGUGGGCGUGCCGGGGCGGUGGGCCCUGCGCCUCUGCUCAGUGCGGACUCGCCCCCGUGUCUGGAGGCACUGGAGGGGGCUGUGGGGACGCCUUUGCGUGUCCAGGGUGGCCGCUCAGUGCCCCCGCUGGGCCUCUUCAGGCCACGCUCCUUACCCUUGCUGAGCUGACUGAGAAGGGGGUGAUGGGACUUGGCAAUUUGAGCUCUUCGAGAAAGUUCUAGGAGUCCUCUGACCAGCAGACCUUUCCGGGCAUCUCUGGGCAAGGACACCUCCCCAACCCUCUUCCUGGGGCAACUUUGGAAGUUGAGAGUGGGGGUCCCAGGAGGGGCAUCUGCUCAGGUAAACGCCCCCUCCGGGUGGGUGCUGGGGACGGGGCGGGCAGAGGAGGGCAGUCUGUGGCCGCAGGGGCUGGCCCGCCAGGCCUGGAGCUGGGAACGAGGCGCUUUCCUUGAUCCCCGACCUCGGGGUUCCCGCCGACCCACCCACCCUUUCUCUCCGCCCCGCGUCUCUCCGGCACCUCCCAGAAGCUUUAAGUUCUCUGCGCGGCUUUAUCUGGACUGAGGCUGUGUCCUUCCCGCUCUCGGUUUGGGAACGGGAUUGGGGUCAGCUUUGUCCUUUCUUGGGCCUCUUGAGGCUUCGGCGCCCUGACCCGCCCUGUGGGGAAUCGGGGCCAGGUGAGAAGUCAAGCUGGCCCCCAGGGAGUCAGGAGAGAGGGCGCUGGCCAGGAGCUGGCGCCCACAGGCCCUGUCCACUGCUGUGCUGGGGGGCGCUGCUGUCAGCCACCAGAACGGGGGUGGGGGGGUGGGGGGGCGGGGCAGGCGCCUGGGCCAGGAGCAGCGACUUCGAGUCAGCCUCGGGUCUGGGGGGACAGAAGAGCCCGCCAGGCCACUGUGCAGAAUGCCCCAGAAAGGCUCCGUGGGACUCCAGCCUUGACCGCCCCCCAGCCCCCAGCCCCACUCUGGAGACCCUUCUCCUGCCUCUUCGUGGAUGAGCCCCUGCUCGGGGCCAGGGACCGGCGGUGACGUGGACAGUUUCGUGGGAUUCAGAGUGUUGGAGGAAGUCAGACACGGGUGAUGACGAGUGUGGCGAUGAGUAGGAAAGGUGGGGACAAGGGGGUGCGAGCUCGGCAUUCCCAGGGGGGCGCUGCUGAGCUUGAGACGCACCUUAGGUGAACAGGUUUGGAGGCUGUUGGACACUGGAUUCCCUGGGACAAGGCCCCAGGGAGCUGCCGUCACCUGAUACCGCUCUGGGCCACUGGAGGGGAAGCAGGGGGGCCGGGGGGCUUCCUCGGUUGGUCUCAGCCUGUUCUCGAGCAAGAUUAUCUGGCCGUGACCGGCUGGUUCUCAGGAGCUCUUCGGUCAUACACGCCUCGUUGAAGUUUAAACCCCAGCAACACAUUCCUCUCUGUAAAUGCCAAAUCUCACCUGCCCUUUUUCUCUUUUUUAAAGAAUCUCUUUUCUUCCCUGACAUCGUCAGAUGAGCAAAUAAAUGCUUCUUGGCACUGUGUUCCCACGGCCCCUCUGGAACAGGCUGAGGCCAUUGAGGAAGGCUGGCCCUUGCGGAUGACCAGUGGAGGUGACCCAUUCCUCGCUCCUGGCAGAACAGACGCCAACUUCAGUUCUGAGGGUUCCCAGGCGAACCCCCGAUCUGGAGAGCAGCGAGUGGGCAUGUCCCGGGCCUCUGGGAAAGGCAGGGAAGGGCGUGAUUGGUCGGGGCUGGUGCCCUUCUCUCUCCGGACCCUAUCUUGGAACCCAGCCCUGCGAGGGAGGGGCAAGGGCCUCCAGCGUGGACCCUGGCAGGCAGCGAGGGCGGGCCUGGGUGCGUUUCAGACUGUGGCUACCGUCCAAACCCCUGAUUUCUCUGAGGGCCUUCCCUUCCGCCCCUGACGCUGAAUUUCUCUCUGAGAGACCAAAUCUAACUCCUGUAACCAACCAUUUAGGGGUUGCCAAGUACGGCUUUGACCCCCCCCCUCACAGGAGGGGAGGGUGGUGGGUAAGUUCCAUAGGCUGGAGGAUGUGUGGCCUCGGGGGUGCCAGCGCGUGGUUUGGGAUGGCAUCUGCGGGCGGAAUAAAGAAUCUUCAUCGGA